AUGACUGCAGCUUUUACCCCUCAUGUAGCACAUUAUCAGGCUGGUGGUGAUGUCAGUGGCGCUCAGCACUCAGCCAAAGAAGCUCUACUACUGAUAUGGUGUCAGCGUAAGACCGCCGGUUACACCAAUGUAAAUGUGCAAGACUUCUCAAGCAGCUGGAGGCCUGAUCUUUUUGACUACAACCGACUACCGCAGGAUGAUCCAUUGAGGAACCUCACCCAUGCUUUCACUCUGGCAGAAGAAGAGUUUGAAGAGUUUGGUAUAAAACAGCUCCUGGAUGUGGAAGAUGUCAUGGUGCCCCAUCCUGAUGAGAAGUCUAUCAUGACUAACAUCUCCCUUUACUACCACUACUUCUCCAAAAUGAACCAGGGGCAAACUAUCCAGAAGAGGAUAGCUAAGCAGUCAGUGGUUGCGAUGGCAGAACAUGAGACAAACAAUUAUGAGCCGCAGAGGAGUGUUCUAGAAGUGGGAAAGGUGUGGAUCAAGGAUAUAGAUGUCUGUGUAGCUGCUGAACAAAAACAUGCUCCCAAAUCACCCAUCCUUCAAAGAAAUAGAACUUGUGAUGUUGCUUAA